GUCAGAAAUACAGCAUAACAAAUAUCUCUUUCUCUCUGGAUUAUUCAUCCUGAUUUCUGCUCUGCAAAUAACAAGGUUUCAUUGCCAUGGAGUCAAUCAAUAAAAGCAUCAAUGAAUUUUCACUUGACAUUUUCAAGGAGCUGAACAGCUCUUGCGAAAAUAAAAACAUCUUCUUUUCACCAAUGAGCAUCUCAGCUGCAUUAUACCUCUUGCAUCUGGGAUCCAGAGAAGAUACAGCAACUCAAAUACAAAAGGUGGUUCGCUACCCAGAUGUUAAAAAAGAAGGCUUUUUUCGAAGGAGAUGUGCAACACAACAACGCAGCAAUGAGGAGAGCCCAGGAAAGGAUGUGUCUGAGUGUGGAAAGGUAUCAGAUGCCCACUCAAAGUUCCACGCCCUUUUAUCUAAAUUGACAGAGGACCCAAAAGGUGUGGAGCUGCAAAUAGCCAAUGGAAUGUUUGCACAAAUGAAUUUCCCCUUUUUACAGCAAUAUCUAGAAUGUGCUCAAGCUCUGUAUAAUGCAAAGCUACAGAAUGUGGAUUUUGAGAAAGAUGAGACCAGAGAAAAUAUUAACUCGUGGGUGGAAAGUAAAACACAAGGCAAAAUCAAAGAUUUAUUUGAAAAAAAUUCCCUUGAUAAAAGGACUGCUCUGGUACUUGUAAAUGCAAUCUAUUUUAAAGGAAUAUGGAGCAAUCCCUUUCAAGAAGUCCAUACAAAAGAUGCACCAUUCUAUGUGAGCAAGGAUGUUGUCAAGUCUGUCCCAAUGAUGUAUCAGUCUCAGAAAUUUAAUCUGGGUGCUAUUAAAGAGCUGAACGCUCAAAUACUUGAACUACCAUAUCAACUUGGAGCACUAAGCAUGUUCAUAUUACUUACCAAUGAAAAGUUUGGUUUGCAAAAGAUUGAACAGCAGUUAAGCUGGAAUUACUUGGCCAAGGGGAUGUCAAACAUGGAAAACACAAAAUUAGAUGUAUACAUUCCACGCUUCAGGCUUGAGGAAAGCCUUGACCUUGGCUCUCAUUUGAUUAAUAUGGGAAUGGUGGAUGCCUUCAGCGAAGCAAAGGCUAACUUAUCUGGUAUAUCUGAUGUACCAUUAUAUGUCUCAAAGAUAGUCCAUAAGGCUUUUGUGGAAGUUAAUGAAGAAGGCACAGUGGCAGCUGCAGCAACUGGAGUUCAAAUUGCACCAAAAAUGGCUGUAAUACCUCGAGUGUUCAAGGCAGACCAUUCCUUUCUCUUCUUCAUCAAGGACAACCCAAAUGACACCAUUCUUUUUUUUGGAAAGUAUGAAUCACCAUAGAGACAAAUGUUCCUCACUUACACUGUACUAUGCAGGCUGUUCUAAAGCAUAUGCAGAAUAAAGUAUAACAACACUGUUAUUUGAGGGAAUGAGAUAUACUCUCUAUUGGUGGUUUUAUUCUAUUGUUUUAUGGUUUCUGUAGUCAGAUUUUCAAGUUCUUAUUCAGAAAAUUUUUUAUUAAUCACAGGUAUAUGUUUACAAUAGUCUUUGUUACAACAUUCUAACACAUGUCUGUUCAACAGGAGGACUACGGGUUGAGUUUGUCUUUUUAAGUUGUUCUUAUGGUCUGCUCAGGGGCUCCUAGUUCUUUUUUUGUUACUAUCUGAUACUAUCAUUUUAAUAUAAUCCAUUUGUAACUACCAUACAGCAGACCCUCCAGCUAGUGAUGAGCCAAUCUUUUAAAAGAUUCCUGAAACAGCGAAAAUGUCGCCUGUCAAAAAAAAUUGUCACCUGCAACAAUUCUUUUGACUUGCGACUAUUCUUUUGUCACCCGCGACUAUACUUUAGACAUUUCACCCAUCACUACCUGCAGCCCCAAAGUUGCCAGGACCAUGGGGUCUGCUUUAUGGUGCCACCUUGUAGUUUAUCAUGCCUUGCUCCUCUUUCUUCUCCUCUUCCAGUUUGCUGCAAACUAUAUCAUUAUUAUACACAAAAUGUUUUUGGAUGGGGGUCUGGGUGCGACUCAUUACGCCACUUAAUCUAAUCCUCAAACACUGGUAUGACAAAUUAUCAGCACUUAUAUUUAGUGAUGAGCGAAUCUGUCUGGUUUCACAAAACUGUCUGGAAAAUUUCACAAAACUUUAAAAAGAUUUGCAAAAUGGCGAAAAAUUUGCGAGAUGCAGAAAAUGGCGCUCAUCAAAAAUAUUGCUGACAAUUUCUUUAGCCUCGCAACAUUUUUUUUUACGUUUUUGAUGUGCGUCUAAUUUUUCCGCCCCAUUUUUUGUGCCUGUUUCGUGAAACAAUCCGCCAAUGACAAAACACGGAAAUUUGCUGCAAAUCCAUUUUUCUACAAGUAUCUAUACUUUUUUUUAAUAUUGUCUGGUAAGUUAACUGUAGAAAUUAAUUUUUAAAGCACAGAGUAUGUCUCCUGAAAAAUUCCCUAUACAGUGAAUUCAGUAAAGGAGUCUUUCGCUUUUAAGCAAAAAAGACCACACUGCAUUUUAAUUGUCAGUCCCUGGUUUGAAGGUGGAAAGUGCCAUAACUUGCUCUGCGAGGGCAUGCUCUUCCUCAUUUUAAAGGAUUCAUUUCACAUACAAUUUACCCAUUAUGCAUCAGAUUGACACAAACAGGAAGCGAUCCUUGUAACUAAGUUCACUGGAUUCAGCUUAUGCUGGUGGUGAUGCAGCACUAAAGGCUACAAGGCAACUUUACUAUAAUUAGAUUGUUUAAUGCCUCACCACAAAAGGCAUAGCCAGUGGGCAUCUUUAUGAUCGAUCAAAUUAUAACAUUUCCAGUAAAUAUUUAAUAUAGACAUUUUCAUGGAUUUCUGCAAUAGCUGGAAAUAGCUGCAAUAGCUUUGUAAACUUUAGCUUCAAAAUCAAGUGAUAAGACAUAAAAGCCAUGAAAAUGCGUACUGAUUUCAUAUACUGCAUGAUCCAUUAAUGCUUAUGUAAUUAUUCAAAUAUUAUAUGAUCUUUAAAAGUAUACUAGUGCAUUACUUCAUGUACACUUGGAUUAAAGACAAAAUAAUAAACCCA